GUCAGCAGCCACCAGCUGAUCCUGUUUAAAGAGGAUCAGAUACCUCUCCAGCUACAGUCAGAGACAGACAGAGACCGACACAGAGGCAUGAUAGAGACAGGAGGGGGGAUAGCCCAGAGGGUGCUCGUGGCAGCGUGGCAGCAGGGAAGUUGGCGAGCCCACCAUAGCCCUGGCUCUCCGUCUCUGAAGUACAUCCCACGACGAGCCGUCCUCUACGUACCAGGCAACGACGAGCGCAAACUCAGGAAGAUCACCUCUCUAAAUGUGGACUGCGCUGUCUUGGACUGCGAGGAUGGCGUCGCCCUUAACAAGAAGGCAGAGGCACGGGAAACAAUCCCAAAGAUGCUGGCUGAGCUGAAUGUGGGACGCACUGAAAAGUGUGUGCGAGUGAACUCUGUGUCCAGUGGCCUGACUGACGCUGAUCUAGAGGUCAUUCUACAGGGGGAGGUCCUCCCCCCGGCAAUCAUGCUACCAAAGGUGGAAGACACAGACGAACUACAGUGGUUUGUUGACAGAUUUCAGCAGCGCUUAAAAGGCCGGAUGCUGAUAGAACCCAUUCGCUUGGUAACCUUUGUGGAAACUGCUGUUGGGUUGCUGAAUUUUAAGGCUGUGUGUGAGGCGGCUCGGCGGCUCGGACCAAAAGUUGGUCUGCAUCAUGACGGAGUAGUCUUCGGCUCUGAUGAUUUCUGUGCCAGCAUAGGUGCAACAAGAACUAAGGAUGCCCGAGAGCUGCUGUAUGCUCGUCAGAAAGUGGUGGUUAUCACCAAAGCCUUUGGCCUGCAGGCUAUCGACCUCGUGUAUAUUGACUAUCAGGAUGGAGAAGGGUUGCGGCAGCAGGCCAGAGAGGGUGCACUCAUGGGCUUUACUGGGAAGCAAGUCAUCCACCCAAAUCAAAUCAGUGCUGUUCAAGAGGAAUUCUCACCCAGUCCAGACAGAGUUAAUUGGGCCGCCGAGUUAAUUGCUGCAUUUGAGGAGCACCAGAAGCUAGGAAAGGGUGCGUUCACCUUCCGUGGCAGUAUGAUUGACAUGCCGUCGUUAAAGCAGGCCCAGAACAUCGUCACCUUGGCCAGAGCUGUCAUGGGCAAGUGAGCCAAACUGGGCAGCCAUAUCUGUCACUGUGCGGGACAUCGGACAAAAAACUGUUAACCUCAGACAGAUGCGUGCCCUCUCAGACCAUUAACAGUGACUCAUCUACGACUCUAUAGGGCACUACUGCGUGGCCUGAUGGGAGUGUCUUCAAUGUCAAAGAAGUGAUUAUAAGAAUUGUUUUUCCUUUGUUUUAUUUUUGUGAAAUUUUUAGAAUGCUAAUUUUCCAAUUUAUUAGCUUAACCUACCUUAUACUCGCACUGAUUGGUUGUUUUUUUCCAAGUACACAUGAAGUGUAUAUACAUUAGUUAUACACAGACUGUUUCUCAAAUUUUCCAUGUACAAAUUGCAUUCCAUACAAUUUAGAUUUAUUAUUAGCAGAGGCCAGCGGCAUUAUGUCACUUCCAUACUGUCCACUUUUGGCGAGAAUGCACCUGCAGUAGACUUUGAUUCCUGUUCUUAACUGAUAAUAUAAGAAUCUGCUGUGGCCUUUUUCAAUUUUAGCCCAUCCACCUUAAUGUAUUUAUGUAUGGUGGCAUGCACUGUGAGAUGCUUUUCUGCUCAUCGUGGUUGUAUAGUUUGGUUAAUUGAAGAACUAUAACCUUCCUGUCAGCUCCAACCAGCCUGGCCAUUCUUCUGUGUCUUCUCUCAAAUCAUCUCUGUCUGUAGAACUGUUGCUCACUGGACAGUUUUCUUUUUCUGUAAUUGAUUUAACUAUAAAGACUAUUGUGUGUUAUAGAAAUUCCAAGAAAUCAGCAGUUUCUAAAAUACUCAGCCCAUCUGGCUUUAGCAACCAUGCCACAGUCAACAUCACUCAAAUCAAACACACACCCAAUUUCUGAUGUUUGAUCUGAACAUUAACUGACUUAUACUAAUAGAAUAUCUUGACCUUAUUUUUUUGCAUAAAUUUAUGCUUCACACUGCUGUCACCUGAGCGGAUAGUUGCAUAUAUAUAUGUGCAGGUGUUUCUAAUAAAGUGGUCAUUAAGUGUGUAGUUGGUGUACCUCAAACAUUGGGUGUCACUAAUAACCAAACUAAAUAUUUGCAUACAUAUGUAUGUGUAGUUGAGAAAAAAAAGAGGUGUGUGUGUGUGUGUGUGUGUGUGUGUGUGUGUGUGUGUGUUUUCAUUCUACUGUGUGCGUAUAUAUUCCUGCCUCCCUCGGGUCAGCUCCUGGGCCAGGGCUUGACGUGUCUGGGGAAAGGGCAAACAAACACUUAUUUCCCCAUUCAGCCCUGAGGCUCCUCCAGGCUCAACCAGGCCACAGUACAUCAAAGCAGCAUUUGCCAAAGAGCCGCCAUAAAUGUCCUUAAACCCACAGUGAGACGAGAGCCAGCGGCCCACUCCAAACCACAGGCCUUUGUUUAGGAGGGCACUCUGAGCUGCUGAAGUGGGGGGUAUGAAUACGUCUUGAAACAGGCAUCAGCUCUAAGCUGACCUGUGUGGCAACAUGACACACUUACACUCAUUCUCUCUCUCAGAAACACACACACUGCAGGGGAUGGUGUUUGUCCACUUUGUUGUAAGUAAAUAGCCACAGUUUCUCGCAUUUUGCACUGCUUUGUUGCUUCGGCCUUGUGGAUUGCAGAGAUUCCUGGAUAGCAGACAGCAUCCGUUGAGCCUAUGAAUUGCUCGCUUUUUGUCCUGAACAUGCCCAAGAACUAGAAGAACAUGCCACCAUUGUCCUCAUACAAACAUUCAAGUCUGCCUUUUGUUAAGAAAGCUUCUUCUGAAAGAAAUCUCUUGGAUCUUAUUUCAAAUGAACUAAUGUAAUGUUGAAGCUUGUGCUUAUUUUUUCCCCUCAUGAAUAGGUUCUAUGAAGUUCACUGUUAUUUCUUGUUUCUGUCAGUCUUUUGUUUUGUUUUUUUGUAGUUGAUGAGGUCUGGGCAAGUCAUACAGAGGGGUGGGAGUAUGAGAGCAGGGUGGAGGGGUUGGAUGGUUAAUCGUUCAGGUGGUCACUAUGGAAAUGAAGGCCUCGGAAAAGCGGUUCAGCUGGGUGUGAUAUGAUCGAUCAUGUCUGUGGUGAGAACUUCAGGUUGUAGCUCAGUGCCAGCCAAGAGAUGCAGACAAAAAGAUGGAGGCCACUGCUGUGACCGGCCCAAAAGGCUGACAGUAAGCUGCCUGCCUGGCAUUUGGCCCACACUUCCACCCUACCCACAACCCACUUCUUUUAGGCUUUCACUCAUUUAUUUUUAAUUUGUUAAUGGUUUUUACAUUGUUUCUCUCUGCCUCGGAUUCUAAACUCCCAUCGUGUGUCAGUAAUGGAGGUAGUCCGGUGGCUUGUCAGACACUGCAGUGUUUCUCACACUGAGACAAAGUGCUGUGUAAGUGAGCUACUCUGACAGAAUGCUGAGCAUUAAGUCGAACAAGCCAAUGGAUUUAAAGUAGAAUUGUAAGAUGGGAUAGAUGCCUGGGUUGAGGAUUCUGGCAAAGCUGUCGUAAGUCUUAGAGAGCUUACGGAACCCUUGUCCUGCUUGUCAUGUCUAUUCGGUCUCUGUCAAAAUAAAGAAGAAACAUAACCACACCUCGAUUUACUGUUCAAUUCAUUCUAAACUCUUGGGGUGGUCUCAUUCUCCUUCUUCAGUCAUUAGUACUUAACUCGUUUUUGUUUGCUGUUUCUGUUUGUUUCUUUUUUAAAAAGACCAACUUUUAGCUAUUGAUUUUAUUGACCAUAUUGAAGCAAUAUUGUAUGUUAACCCCUGAGUAGACUUUUCCAUGUCAUUUGCAAUGCAUUUAUUUGGUUAUUGAUAGUGCUGCACACUUAAUCCCAUAAAAAU